GUUUGGCAACGGAUGAGCGCAUGCCCGUGAUCAUGCCAUCCGGCCAAGCAAUGUAUAUGUCUAUGACUGAAAGGUCUAUUGAAUAUUCUAUACUGGCACCUAGCUCAUGCGGGUUGCCGUGAUAUCUAUGUUGUUGUAUCGGAGAAUUUUUGUACUGCAGUGGCUUCUGCCUUUGCUAUCAAUGCUUAGCCCUGUGGGGACGCUCGCAGCGGUGUAUGCAUUCAUUUCAAAAGGUUAUUCGGGUUGGACAAUGGGAUCACUUGCCCUUGUGGCAUUUUAUUUCGGGAGGUCGCCAGGACCUGAGGCCUGUGCAAUUUAUCGGUUAUGAAUCUAGGCAACUUGCCGUUAACGAUCUUUACGUGGUGUAUCUCACAAUUUGGG